AUGGAUGGCCACAUGGGAUUGGCUAACUCUUUAGCUCUAAAAUUAUAUGGAGUUACAAGUAACAUGCAAGAUCUAGUUGGUGGAACUAUAAGCAGAAAUGAAAAUGGAGAACCUUCAGGCCUUAUGGUUGAUUCUGCUAUGAAAGUUGUUCUUUCAUGCAUUCCGGAAGUUUUUGUUGAAGAAAGAAGACAAGCAUUGGAUAGAGCUAGUAGGUAUACAUUGAUGAGGGGUGUCACAACGGUUGUUGAUUUUGAAAGAUCUUUUCCUGGAGCAUCGCUAGAACAUUCAUGGGAGGAAUAUUGGCCUGGAGCAUCACUAGAACAUAUGGCUACAAGAUAUUUCCUAGAGUUGAUUUUAAAAUAA